GUGGUGAUUAUGUUUUGUACAUAAUAUUGUAAACGGUACGUCAUAGAACCUUGGUUGUAAGACUGAAAGAAUUCUAUGUUUAUUUAUUAAUUUUACUAUUAUUUCAUUGGUUCAUUGGUUGGGACAGAGUGACAGCGCUUGAAGUUUUGUUAUUGUUGACAGAGGACCGGAGUUUUGUGAUAGCGUAGUAGGAGCCAUUAUAAGGCAGUUUGAUAGUUAAUGUAUAUUUAGGAAUUCAGCUUUUGUUGGCGUUAUCUACAGUUAUAAUUUAUUCUUAUUUCUUUAUUAAACAUUUCUUAUUCCUAACGCAUCCCUGGUGUUCUUGAAGUAUUGCAUAUGUAAUGUAUACAUGUCAAAGUCAUAGGCUACAAGUUCACAACAAUCACAACAAUGGUGGAGCAGCAGGGUAUGUCAACAAGUUGACAGGUGAACUAAUUCAUCCUUAUAGUUGUUAUCUAUUAUCUUCUGGUCAGCAGUUAUCCCUACUGACUUCAAAUAUAGGGCUAGAAAAUCAAUUAACUCAGGGACUAAAAGGCUUGUCCUAAAGUAUAAGAACAAACCUACGUCCAUAAAAUGGCCGAGAAAGUAUACGGUGACCUACUAAAACUAUAUGAAACGGGGAAGAGUCUUGGCUACCAGAGAGAAGAAUUGGACGAGUGGGUUGCUAAAAUCAUAAGACAGAAUGAGGAGAGAGAUACUAGAAUGGAAGAGAGGAAAGAAAAAGCGAAAGUAGAAGAGGAAGAACGGAAACAAAGGGCGAAAGUAGAAGAAGAAAAGGCGAAAGUAGAAGAGGAAGAACGGAAACAAAGGGCGAAAGUAGAAGAGGAAGAAAGGAAACAAAGGGCGAAAGUAGAAGAAGAAGAAAGGAAACAAAGGGCGAAAGUAGAAGAAGAAGAAAGGAAAGAAAAGGCGAAAAUAGAAGAACGGAAGAUGGCAAUGCUGGAAGAAGAGAUGAGAUUUAAAUGGAAACUAGAAGAGGACCAAGUAGUGGCCAAAAUAAAAAGAGACGACGAGGAAUCGAAGGCCAAAAUUGCCGCAAUCGAAAAAGAGAGUAAAGCAAAGGAGGUAGAGGAGCAGGAAAAUAGGAACACGAGGAAAAGAAAUACGCCCCAAACAAAGAGACAAAAAUUCGUGGAAGGCACGGAUAAGAUGGAUGCAUUUAUCAACAGAUUUGAAAUGCUGAUGAAACUUGAAAAAGAACCACAACACGAAUGGGCCAUACAACUUCUCAGUUUGGUCGGAGGAAAGGCCCUCGAUGCACUACAAGUCCUAAGCGAUGACGAGGUAGCAAACUAUGCCAUCCUCAAGAAAACAUUGCUUGAUUUCUAUCAAUAUAGCGAGGACGACUACCGACAGAAGUUCCAUGAGCUAAAACCACCAUCAGACGGCAACAUGAAGCAAUUCGUUUCUGAUGUGAAAAUAACGUUCGAAAAAUGGGUUCAAGCAUCUGGAAUUGAAGAAUCCUUCGACAGUCUAAAGCAGUUUAUCAUCGUGGACAAAAUCGUAUCAACUUCUGGGAGGAAUCUGUUUGCCUUCCUACAGGAAAGAAAACCGAGAAGUGUGGAGACCGUUAUGGAACUGUGUCAAACUUAUGUAGCGGCACAUCCGGGCGAAAUACUACAAAAGGUUGAAAACAGUGAAGAAAUCGAAUUUGCCGCCGCAGCAAUCUCUACAACAGCACGAUUUACAAAGGAAGAAACAGCACAACAACAAAGUCCACCACAAAACAGAGAUAUACAAAGAGAACGAAAUGAUUAUAGACUAAAUCAGUCACCGGCCCAGUCACCGGCCCAGAGAAGUCAAGUGAGAUGCUACAACUGUGGGAGAAUGGGGCACAUAGCGAAGUAUUGUCGAGAUGCCCGGAGAACAGAAUACUACAAGAACGAUGUUGUAGCCCAUGUUGGAGGCUUGGCGGAUAGCCUUUCACCUUACGUAUGUCCAGCUAUAGCAAAUGGCUAUCAUACCCACGCCCUACGCGAUACUGGGGCCACCAAAUGUGUACUCUUAGCUAAACUUGUGAGACCUCACCAGUACACUAAGAGACAAUGCAAAGUACAAGGUUUCGGAGGACAAAUAAAGAGCUACCCAACAGCUAUAGUACACAUUAACUCUCCGUAUUUCAAUAAAAAGGUUGAAGCUAUAGUUGUUGAGAAUGGUCCAUUCGAAGUGGUGAUAGGGAAUGUACCAAAUAUAGAGUGUCCCAGUGAGGCUCAGAUCGACAGAUGGAAACAAUUUUUUAACUGGGAGCCAACACAAGAAGCUGAUGACAUCGACCAAUCAGCAACGACUGAAGUUGAAGGCAGACAACAAAAUUUAAAAACAGAACAAGAUAGUUAUGAUGAUGUUAACAGUAACGAAAAUAAGGAAGAUUUAUUUGUGCACCAGACAGCCAUAGUUAAAAGCAACCCAAGAAAAUACCCUACAAGUGUUACAGAAGGCGGAAAAACGGAAUUUGACGUCGUCGAACAAGUGAAACGAAAAGAAACAGCAAACGUAUCUGGUCCAGGUGGUUCUAAUGUGCAGGGCAGUAAAGAUUCUGCUGACCGAAGUAGCUCUAGGACGAGUGGAUGGUAUCUAUGGUACAGAGAAAAUGGCAAGGGAGGAAGGCGGCAGUACCCAGAGGACCGAGGAGAAGUCCAGCCUCAAAGAUACCAAGGCUAUCAAGGACGCAGACCUUGUUACAGACGCAACUACGGCAGCCCACCAGUCAACAGAUAUUAUGAUAAGCGAGACAGAUGGGAAGGUCCAUGGCGACGAAGAGAAUUUGAUCGAGCUGGUUAUGGACGUGGAAAAGGAAGAAACGACCAUGACGUCAGAAUCUAAGAACUGAAGUAAGCAAUGACACCCUCAAGAUACCGUUAAGACAGCAAAGAGGACGAAAUGGGAACGUGUCCGCUUACUGGAGACCACAGAGAGAAACGUUUCACUACUAUGUUCUGAGGGAAAUGCACACUCCAGUAUAGUGAUGAAUGUUUUUUUUGAUUGACAGCGGUGGCGAAAUUCAAGGCUGACCUGCUUCUAGAAUGUGCAUGUAUUUUGAAGCUACACAUGUGCAGAGCUACUAGUAUAGUUUGGACUAAAUUUCCUCAAGGUCAAGGUCAAAUACAGAGUUACAGCCAUACUGUAGCUGACGGUUUGUGUGUGUGGAGACUACUUUCAGUUCCUGUGACGGGGGAAAAAAAAACAACAACGUGAACAUAAUACCUGUGUCGAAGUAUUAGGCAGAAUAUUUGACUUAGUGACCUUUGAUCUAGCGACCAGAAGGAAACAACUGCGUGUUAGUAUGAGACAAUGCGAAACUGUCUGUACUAGUCACAGGUUUGCUGUGUAUAGAGACAUUGUUUCCCUUAACAACUGGCAGUACUUUCUCGUAUCGCCUUUGAGUCACUCUUGAUUCAGACUUGACUCAGACUUGAUUCAGACGAUGUGCAACAAGUUUGAAAACAGCACCGCAACAGUGCAGUUCCUCUCCACCCCCCAGUAAUGUGACUCCACCACGUUUGGUCAGACUGCAGAGCGUUGUCAACAUAUCUUUACACCACUACCUUUAAUCUUCUUGGUGUAGGAAGAACGUUUUGAAACCUCGGCGUAUGAGACUAUGUGUAACAAGUGAAUAGUGAAACAAGGUGACGUCUGACAGUACAAGUCUUUUGGUGGGGCAGCUUUCCACCAUAACACCCUCAGAACAAGUGACUCCAUUCAUGGUGUUUUAAUGCCUACAUUCGCAGGAUGUAUGACUAAUUAUAGCUCCAUACCUAGUGUUACCC